AUGGCAUCAUUGAGCUCCCAACAAUUUGCUGUCCCUUCCGAUUUUCAAACCUGGACAGAGGAUGAUGUUAUUGCACACAUGCGGAAUACCAUUGACGGCUUCAAAGAUAGUUAUGCGAAAAUCCUCAAAGACAACGAAUUGAGGGGUGAAUUUUUGUCCGGUGUCACGGUAAAAAUCCUAACGGCUGCUGGAAUGCCCUUUGGACCUGCCAUUGGUAUCAAACGAGAAAUCGACCACCUCUUAGGCCAACGUGGUUUUCCCACUACUCAACCAUACCAAAUCGACGUUCUCACUCAUUCGCCUCCCAUCCCCCCAGUUACUACUGGUGAAGCUAUAUCUGAAAUAACAAGGGGUGUAAAACAAAUGAUUAUUGAUGAGGCUUUGGCCCCUGAUUUAUCUGGUGUUAUAUGCAAAAAAUUGCUACAGCCAUUUGAAAUUAUCCCAAAGCAAGCAAAUGACCUAUUGAAUCUUAUCAAGGCCCCACUUCUUCAAGAAUUGCCUGCUGCUUCUGGUGAGGAGAUAAGACAUCCCAUACUUGAAGGGUUUAUCAAAACAGAGACAUCAACUCGUGGAAGUAUAUUGGCAGUUCAUGUUAGUAUGGCAUUAUCAAAUGCUGUUGCAGAGGAUGCUCUUGGUCCUGGAUCUGAGGAUCUAAAGCAUUGGGCCCUAGAUACAUUGGUCAGGAAGCCUCUACAGCUGUUUAAGAAUCAAGUUGGUUCUAUGCUACCUAUUUUCAUAGAUAGGAACCAAAAAGAUUCCCAGUCUACAACUGUAGGAUCUAAUCGCCCAGAUGUUCUUUUGCAAGAAAAUAAUGUUCUUAUUUUUAAGGCUGAGGAGAAAGGUCAAAUGGAGGACUUUGGCAAAGCAGUUACAGAGCUUACAAAGAAGUUCAACACAAUUGAUCCCUUGGCUUUUGGUUCAGUGCAGUUCAUGAUCUGCUAUGCUGCUGCUGGACCUUUAAUUCGCUUCUAUGCAUUGGAUGCUUCCCAAUCUAAUACUAAUACUGCACCUACUACUACCUUACUUGAACUUACUGACCGCCUGGACAUUAGCACUCUUAAUGGACGCAAGAAUGUUCUUCACACAGUUAUCAAUAUUGCAAGAAUCUUGGUAACUAUUAGGGACCAACUACAUGAUAAUGCCUUCCCAAUUGGCAAGAUAAUUACUACAGAUAAGAGUACAAUUGUGUUUGAGGAUAUCUUGGUCAUCAAAACAAUUCCAGAAAAGGCUCUCCCAUAUGGUGAUAAUCCUAGGAAUCGCACCAAAUUUCUCCAAAAAAUGUAUAUCUGUGCUCUGAAUGUUCCUGGGCUUGUGCAAAUUGAUGAAGAACCUAAGUUUUUCCCUAAGCCAAAUGGAAAAGGAUUUUAUCAAGUCAAGCUAGUAACACAAGGAGUUCAACGCUUGCCACGGGAUGAAAAUGAACUAUGUGAAAUGACUAAAAGCAUAUUAACUGGCCUGGUCAAACUUCACCAAGGAGGCUUUGUUCAUUGUGACAUUCGAUUGCCAAAUAUUGUCUAUGACAAUCAUGCUCAAGAUGGUUACAAGUAUAUACUUAUUGAUUUUGAACAUGGACUUCAUGCAGGAACACAUGUCAACAUCACACUGAAUGAAUGGGAUGAAAAUACCUUAGAUCAUGGCAAAUAUAAACCAUCAUCAGAUAUGUAUCAGCUUGGAAAGUUAUUAGAGAAUUUUUCUUCCAAGCUAUCUGCUAAUGGAAAGGACUUUGUGGACAAGCUUAAGGGAAAGAAGACAAGUGCUCAAAAUGCACUCUUGCAUUCAUGGAUUAGUAGUUAA